AAUUGUGUGGAACAGAAGGACUCGUCUCUUUCUUGCUUGGUCUGGUGAUUUCAGGUCAGAAACAUAGGAAAACAAAAACUGUCUUUCUUUUAUUGAAAUUUCUGCUGCUGACACACGAAAUAAUUUGUGCACACAAAAUAUACUUAUGUAUUUUUCCCUUCUCAACCAUGGAACGAUGGAUUAAACGAACAGCUCUAGUUACUGGGGCUUCCACUGGCAUUGGUGCAGCCAUCUGUAGGAAUUUGGUGAAGAGUGGUAUGAAUGUUGUUGGAUGUGCAAGAAAUGUGCAGCGUAUUGAGGAAAUCUCUGAUGAACUGAAAGGUGAAGCCGGUUCCUUGUUAGUCUUGAAAUGUGACCUCAACAAUGAGUCUGAUAUCCUGUCUAUGUUUGGGACCAUCAAGUCCCAUUAUGGAGGAGUGGAUGUGUGCAUCAACAAUGCAGGACUGGCCCACGCUGAGCCACUGCUUACUGGGGACACUAACAAAUGGCGGGAGAUGUUCAAUGUGAAUGUAUUAGCUCCCAGCAUCUGUACAAGAGAAGCCGUUAAGUCAAUGCAGGAACAUGAGAUCAAUGAUGGUCAUGUGAUCUACAUUAACAGCUUAUCAGGCCAUAGAGUGAUUGAUUUACCAGAAGUGCACUUCUUUUCUGCAACCAAAUUUGCCAUCACUUCACUAGUGACAGGGCUUAGGAAUGAACUACGCCGUCUCAAGUCUGAUAUCAAAGUUACAGCCAUAUCACCUGGUAUUGUGGAGUCGGAGUUUCAAUAUCGCCUCUAUCCUGAUAAACAUGAUUUGGUCACACACAUGUUUAAGAAAAUCAAGGUUCUUGAACCGCAGGAUAUUGCAGAUGCCAUUGUCUUUGUCCUACAGACACCCAAGCAUUGUGAGGUCAAUGAUAUUUUAAUGAAGUCAACUGAACAACGGCCCAAAAUUUCCUGUGAUUUAUCAGCAUGAGACUUUCUUGUAUCAGGUCCAAGGGUCUCAGAAAACUAAGCCUAAAUGAGAAGUUAUGGCUUUUAUGUAUUUCACUUCAUAAUAAUUCUUUCUAAUUUUGGCACAAGGCCAGCAAUUUUAGGGAAAGUCAAGUCAUUUACAUUGACCCCUAGUACUUGACUGGUACUUUAUUAUAUCAACCCCAGAAGAAUGAAAGGCAAAGUUAGCUCAAGUGGAAUUUGAACACAAAAUGUAAUAAUUCAGAAGAAACACCACUUGUCAUUUUUUCCGACACUCAAACGAUUUUCCUUUUCACUUCAUAACAACAACAACAACCAUGGAAAAAGGAUAAUUGUUUCUAAUAUAGGCAUGGGACCAGAAUCAACCCCAAGGAGAAGUAAAAAUCUCUUGAUCAUCCUGUUUGAAGUUACUCAUAGGAAAUCUCUGCUUGUCUCAGAAAAAGAUAAUGUGUAAAUACCAUCGAACAGCUGAGCUUAACAUCAUAUUUCAGAGUGAAAAUGGCAAAGCUAAAUAAA